AUGGAGGUUGUCAAGAAAGAGGUAACCAAGUUGCUACAAGCAGGUAUUAUAUAUCCCAUUUCUGACAGCACUUGGGUGAGCCCUGUACAUGUGGUUCCCAAGAAAUCUAGAAUCACAGUGGUUAAAAACGAGAAGGAGGAAUUGAUUCCUACUCGUAUUCAGAAUAGCUGGAGGCAAUGUAUGCUGAGUAUUUUUACAGACUUAUUGGAGCAUUGUAUUGAGGUCUUCAUGGAUGAUUUUAGUGUGUAUGGUUCAUCUUUUGAUAAUUGUUUGGCUAAUCUUGCAAGAGUUUUGCAGAGAUGUGAGGAGACUAACCUUGUUUUGAAUUUUGAAAAAUGUCAUUUUAUGGUGGAACAAGGUAUAGUUUUGGGUCAUGUUGUUUCUAGGAAUGGUAUAUCUGUAGAUCCUGCUAAAAUUGAUGUUAUUUCACAAUUGCCUUACCCCUCUUCUGUACGAGAGGUUCGAUCUUUUCUUGGUCAUGCAGGGUUUUACAGGAGGUUUAUACAGGACUUUAGCAAGAUAGCUAAUCCCCUCUCCAACUUACUUCAGAAGGAUGUACCAUUUGACUUUGGAGGGAAGUGCAAAGUCACUUUUGAUUCCUUGAAAAAGGCACUCACUACCACUCCCAUCAUCCAACCACCUGAUUGGACAUUGCCAUUCGAGUUGAUGUGUGAUGUAUCAAACUUUGCAGUAGGAGCGGUACUUGCACAAAGAAAUGGGAAGCUACCACGUGUGAUAUACUAUGCUUCCAGGACAUUGGACACUGCACAGGCAAACUAUACCACAACUGAGAAGGAAUUACUAGUUGUUGUAUUUGCCUUGGAUAAAUUUAGAUCAUACAUACUUGGAUCCAAGGUAAUUGUUUAUACAGAUCAUGUUGCAUUGAAAUUCCUUCUAAAGAAAGCAGAUUCCAAACCAAGGUUGAUCAAAUGGAUGAUACUGCUCCAAGAUUUUGACAUUGAGAUUCGGGACAGAAUUGGAGCCCAUAAUCUAGUAUCAGACCAUCUUAGUAGGAUUGAAAAAGAAGAAGAUGAAAUUCCUAUUCAGGAUGAUUUUCCUAAUGAAGUCUUGCUAGCAUUAACUUCUGUAAAAGGUAUGUAUCCUGAACCUUGGUUUGCUGACAUUGUUAACUAUUUGGCUGUUUCAGCUAUUCCUCCAUCUUUCUCCAAAUCUGAGAAAGCCAAACUGAAAAGUGAGGCGAAGUACUAUGUUUGGGAUGAACCAUUCUUAUGGCGCAUUGGUAGUGACCAAAUUGUAAGGAGGUGUGUUCCUGAUAUAGAGAUACCUUAUGUGCUUGAAUUUUGUCAUUCAUCACCUUUUGGAGGACACUAUGGCACGCAAAGGACAGGUAGGAAGGUGUUGGAUUAUAUUGGCCUACCAUCUUUAAAGAUGCAUGAAGGAUAUAUGAAAAUUGUGAGCAAUGUCAGAGGGCAGCUAGAUCCAUCACUAGGAGGGAAGAGAUGCCUCAACAACCCAUGCUAUAUUGUGAGGUUUGGAAUACCACGAGCCAUCGUUAGUGAUCAGGGGACCCACUUUUGCAAUAAGCUAGAGAUCAAAAAGAUAUUGCAAAAGCUAGUGAAGCCAAACAGGAAGGAUUGGGCCGCAAGAUUGGAUGAUGCACUUUGGGCACAUCGGAUGGCCUACAAAGCACCAAUAGGUAUGUCACCUUUCAGGGUUGUAUUUGGAAAAGCUUGCCAUCUACCUGUGAAGAUUCAACACCGAGCCUAUUGGGCUAUGAAGGCUUGUAACUUGGACAUGGAAGGAGCAGGGAAAGAGAGAAAGCUCCAACUGCAAGAACUAGAGGAGAUUAGGCUCACAGCCUAUGAAAACUCCAAGUUUUACAAAGAGAAAACCAAGAAAUUCCAUUAUCAAAAGCUUGUGACCAAAAAGGAUUUCAACAAAGGUCAAAAGGUGUUAUUGUACAAGUCCAGGGUAGGGCCUAUGAGUGGUAAAUUACGCUCCAAAUGGGAAGGUCCAUUCAUUGUAACACAAGUGUUUCCCUAUGGAGCAGUGGAAAUCAAGGAAGAAUCUUCUGAUAGAAUCUUCAAGGUUAAUGGCCAUCGUCUGCAGAUAUUUAAUGAAAAUCAAGACAUGCUGAACAAGACGAUGGAUGGAGUGAAUUUGACCACUCCAACAUUCCUUCCACCAUGA